AUGGAAUUUCAUUGGUUAGUUACCUAACGACAUUCAACAAAACGCAAAGGCAAAAUUGUUUGAUUCAAACCUAGUUGCAUCAUCAAGUGUGGUUCCAAUGGUAAAUGUUGUGAUAUCCUCUUUUUCUUGAACCAUUAAUCCCCAAAACGAUCCCAAAAAGGUCCUUUAGUUCUCAACGUCAUUCGCAAUUCGCACUUUCAACCAUCCGGGAGUCCCUUUCUCGUUUCUCAUCCCAUCAACAUAACCAUGAAGGUCGUUUGCUUACUCCUCAUCUGCACUUUGGCUGGGGCCUCUGCUCAAUAUCGCGGAGAGGAGGUGGCUGCCGAAACCACUGGAACCACCGGGGCUAGUGCCAGUCAACCCGCUUUCGAUCUGAAUAAGAAAUUUUCUUAUGACGUCGACUUCCGGAACAAUUUAGCCGAAAAGUUCGGUAGCUUCAACAGCACUGGCGCCUACAACAACUUCUUCAACAUGACCGGCGUGCCCAGCACUCCCUUCGGACGUCUCUCCGCGUGGGUGGGUGACCUGAUCUACCCUGUGGCUCUGAGUGUCAUGAUCUUCUUCGGGGUCUACGUGUUCUUCUCGAUUGUCUUCCAAGUUUUCGGAUUCGCUUUCACCACCAAGGCCGGUGUCUUCUCGGCCGUCAUCAACUGGCUGCGAGCCACCAACAACGCCAUCUUUUCCAAAGUCCUCAAGGUGAACGGGGAUUCUGCUGAUAUGACCCCGGAACAACGAGAGCGUCGAGACCUGGGCUUGGCUGAUCUGGAUGACAUGAUCCAAUUGGCGUCACAAGUUUACGAAGCCAUCGAUGCUUUCACCAACAUGCAAGAGAAUUAAUUAGAUUGCCUUCUAGAAAUCAUUGUCUCUUUUGUACCUUCAUACUUAUUUCCUGAGAAAUAAAGUUACUUCUGUCAAAACUA